AUGAAGGAGAUGGGGACAUGGCCCAGCCCGAGGAUGCCGUUCAUGAACAGGUUGCUGCGGUGUGCACACCCGAAAACAAUGCCAUGGAUCACCUCGCCUCGGUCCUUGCCCAACUUAAAUGUUUCCCGACCCAGAUUCCCCUGGCUGUACCCACUCCCGUACCCCACCUACAAAAACAUCAAUAAUAUUGGAAAUUGGAAUAAGAAACUAGGAAUUCAAAUAAACAUUAAUAUAUAUUUACAAACUCUUCACCUUGUAGAAGAUGGAGUACUUGGGGUCGUACACGGGCCCCGGCACAGAGAUCCCACACGGCUCGCAGUUCACCCACAACAGGCUGCUUGCAGUGUCCAUGUACACAAACUGCUGGACCUCCCUCGACCCGAUCCACAGGGGAACCUCGAACCCAUUCAGCUCCCCUGGAUAAAUCUGGGACUCGAUAUCCAGGCUCACAUUCAUCAGGUAGAGCCCGCGGGAUAUCGAGGUGUUCAAGUCGUACUCCGAGAUUUCCUUGAUGGUCUUAGUGGGGUCGUAGUGUUGAGAGGUUGCGGAAUGGAAUGUUGGGCGUCUCCGUGGCCCACCAACAGCACUCGCCGAAAUGUGGAUACAUAA